AUGGGCCAACCCUAUAUGCGCCUGCCAGAAGAUGGCGAUGACAGAAAUGCCAGUACCAGCAGACUUUCCACAAGUGCGCAUAUGGCAACAACCACGCUGCAGGUCGGCGGUAUGACAUGCGGUUCUUGCACAUCAGCCGUCGAAUCGGGCUUCAAAAGCGUCGACGGCAUCGGGACAGUCUCCGUCAGUCUUGUAAUGGAGCGCGCUGUCGUCACGCAUGACCCACGAAUCAUACCCGCCGAGAAGAUACAAGAGAUAAUUGAGGACCGUGGGUUUGAUGCCGAAGUUCUAUCGACAGACAUUCCCAAUCCCAACAACAACUUCUCCAACGAGAGCGCUGCGAGUCAAUCCGAGUCUGCGACAACCACUGCGACGACAACUCUAGCGGUGGAGGGAAUGACUUGUGGCGCCUGCACAUCGGCUAUUGAAGGCGGUUUUACUGGCGUGGCCAGCGUUCUCAAGUUUAACAUUAGCCUUUUGGCGGAGCGUGCCGUUAUCACGCACGAUGAGACAAAGAUUUCUGCCGAGCAGAUAGCCGAGAUUAUCGAGGAUCGCGGAUUUGAUGCUACCAUUUUAUCGACGCAGCGCGACUUGAGCUUCCAGGGAGAAGACACCACAACGGUCCAGUUCAAAGUCUUCGGGUGCAAAGAUGCGACUACUGCCCAGGCCUUGGAAGAAGACCUCAUCGCUGUUCCAGGCAUCCGAUCCACAUCUCUCAGCCUCAGUACGGACCGUCUGACAGUCGUUCACCAGCCCAGAACCAUAGGGCUUCGUGGAAUCGUUGAAGCUAUAGAAGCGCAGGGCUUAAAUGCUCUUGUUGCAAGCGGCGAAGACAACAACGCGCAGCUUGAGUCACUAGCCAAAACACGCGAAAUCACUGAGUGGAGGAGGGCAUUCAAGAUCUCACUUUCCUUUGCUAUUCCCGUCCUUCUCAUUGGAAUGAUCAUUCCUAUGGCUUUUCCAGCAAUUGACAUUGGAAGAUUGGAACUAAUUCCUGGUCUUUUCUUGGGUGACUGCGUGUGUCUCAUUAUCACAUUGCCCGUUCAAUUUGGCAUUGGAAAGAGAUUCUAUAUCUCUGGGUACAAAUCUCUGAAGCAUGGAUCGCCAACGAUGGAUGUUCUCGUCGUCCUUGGCACGACAUGUGCUUUCCUCUUCAGCGUCUUCUCCAUGUUGAUCUCAGUCCUUCUUGAGCCUCAUUCCAAACCUUCAACAAUCUUCGACACAAGCACUAUGCUCAUCACCUUCAUCACGCUUUCUAGAUGGCUGGAGAACCGUGCCAAGGGACAGACUUCCAAGGCCUUGUCUCGACUUAUGUCUUUAGCUCCGUCAACAGCCACCAUUUAUGCCGACCCAAUCGCUGUGGAAAAGGCAGCAGAGAGCUGGGCAAAGUCAUCUGCCGAACCCACAACGCCCAGAACACCUCGGACUCCUACAGCUGGAGGCUCUGCUUGGGAGGAAAAGGUCAUCCCGACAGAGCUGCUCGAGGUUGACGACAUCGUGGUCAUCCGGCCUGGCGACAAGAUUCCUGCCGAUGGUAUCCUAGUCCGGGGCACCACAUUCGUUGACGAAAGCAUGGUUACAGGUGAAGCUAUGCCUGUUCACAAGCUUAUAGGUGAUAACAUGAUCGCCGGCACUGUCAACGGUGACGGACGUGUUGACCUCCGUGUUACUCGAGCUGGCCAUGCUACCCAACUAAGCCAAAUCGUCAAGCUAGUUCAAGAUGCCCAAACUGCUCGCGCCCCAAUCCAGGAGCUUGCCGAUAAGCUGGCCGGAUACUUUGUUCCCAUGAUUCUUAUCCUCGGAAUGAGUACGUUCCUUGUAUGGAUGGUCCUAUGUCACGUUUUGUCCCACCCUCCCGAGAUCUUCCUCGAAGACAACAGCGGUGGUAAAAUUGUGGUAUGUGUCAAGUUGUGUAUUUCUGUCAUCGUCUUUGCCUGUCCUUGUGCCCUUGGACUCGCUACGCCAACGGCAGUCAUGGUCGGUACGGGAGUUGGAGCUGAGAAUGGAAUUCUGAUCAAGGGAGGCGCUGCCCUGGAACGUAUAACCAAGGUCACGCAGAUUGUCCUUGAUAAAACUGGCACAAUUACGUACGGUAAAAUGAGUGUGGCCAGCACAGACCUCGUCCCGCGAUGGGCUGGAAGCGAUGUUAGUAAGCGACUGUGGUGGUCCAUCGUAGGUCUUGCGGAGAUGGGCAGUGAACAUCCCGUCGGCAAGGCGAUCCUAGGCGCCGCGAAGACCGAACUCGGCAUGGGUCCUGAGGGAACUAUUGAUGGCAGCGUCGGAGACUUCAAAGCUGUUGUUGGCAAGGGUGUCAGUGUGACUGUCGAGCCAGCUUCCACAAACCGGACACGAUACAUGGUUCAGGUUGGCAACCUCGUCUUUUUGCAAGAUAAUGGUAUCGUUGUCCCUGAGGAUUCUGUCCAGGCUGCAGAGAAGCUCAACCUCUCAUCUGGUGCAGUCAAAUCACAGGCUAAGAGCACUGCCAACAGCGCUGGAACCACCAACAUCUUCGUUGCCAUCGACGGUCUUUACACUGGCUAUGUAUGUCUCUCUGACAAGAUCAAGGAGGAUGCUGCAGCGACUAUCGCGGUGCUGCACCGCAUGGGCAUCAAAACGUCUAUCGUGACAGGCGACCAACGGUCUACUGCACUCGCCGUCGCCUCCGUCGUUGGUAUUGAUGCCGAAAAUGUUUUCGCUGACGUUAGUCCCGAUCAGAAGCAGGCCAUUGUACAAGAGAUUCAGCAGUCUGGCGAGGUUGUCGGUAUGGUUGGCGAUGGUAUCAACGACUCCCCAGCCCUUGCUACAGCUGACGUGGGUAUUGCUAUGGCAAGCGGCACUGAUGUAGCGAUGGAGGCAGCGGAUGUGGUACUUAUGAGACCGACAGAGCUCAUGAUCAUCCCUGCCGCCUUGGCUCUGACUCACACAAUUUUCCGCCGGAUUAAACUCAACCUCGGAUGGGCAUGUAUGUAUAACGCUAUUGGUCUCCCGAUCGCGAUGGGAUUUUUCCUUCCGCUUGGUCUUAGUGUACACCCUAUCAUGGCGAGUCUUGCGAUGGCGUUCAGCAGUGUGACGGUGGUGGUUAGUAGUCUGAUGCUUAACUCGUGGACAAGGCCUGUUUGGAUGGAUGAGAUGGCGAUGAAGGAUGGUAAGGAGAACAAGACGGAGCGGUGGAUGUUGGGAAGAGGUGUUGUUGGUUGGGUAAGAGAGAUGUUGGGACGUAGAGGCAAGGUGGAAGAAGGUGGUUAUGUACCGUUGCAGAACAUGGAAGGGUGA